UAGACGAGCGGUCGUGUGUACAACAGUAUUCUAACGAGCUUUUAAAAUUUACAAAAUAUAACAAAGCAUUUAAAGUUUAACCUGGUGUGUGUGAAACUGUGAAAAAAAAUAAAUAAAAAAAAAGAAAAUAAUAAAUCAUAAUGGAAUCAACGGCAUAAUUAAACAAAAUUAAAAGAUGUCCAAAGGAUUUUUUGUCAAUGUACGAUAAGCAGCAGCAGAUCUUGCCGCAACUCGUCAGACUCCCGCGACGCGUCAAUUACCACAGCUUACACAACUUUUUAUAUAAAACUGCUGCUCCAUCGUUGGUGCCGCUAAUUCUCUAAGUAGUGAACAUCGCAUCACGACAAGCCGCGGGCCAGUUAUAGCAUGAGGUUAGCCUUGGCGGUCGCGUUGUUAACCCUCGUUACGGUAGCUUACACGCGCCGUUUACCACCAGCUAAAUAUGAACGUCUCGAAGAGAAACCGGUAGCAUCAGACCAGGAACCGUCCCCCAGUGAUCACAAAAAGGAACAGCACCAUAACCAUGAGUACAAGAAGGGUGGAGGUAAAGAGCAUCAUGCGCAUCAUCACCAUGACCACGGAGAACAUGGACAUAAGGGUUAUAAGGGCCAUCAUCAUCACGAGGAAGGCAAGAAGGGACACCACGACAAAGAACACCACAAAGGCGAAUACGAUGACCAUGGUGGUCACAAGAAGGAGCAUCACCAUCACGAUGGUCAUUACGACGAGCACCACAAGGGCGAGAAAGGUGAGAAAGGACACAAAUUCGAAGAAAAGGGACACUACAACAAAGGUCACUCGACUAAGGGACAUCAUGAAAUUCAUAAGCUGGAUGAGUUCAAGAAAGACAAACACUUCUUCGACGAGGAAGGAGACUCCGGUCACGAGGAGAAGCACGGAGGGUACCAUGAGGAACACGGCCACAAGAAGGGAGGACACUUCAAGAAGGGUCAUCACCACGGGGGCCACCACGAACACGAGCACGGCGAGAAGGGCCACCACGAGAAAGGAGGCCAUCACCACGAGCACAAGGGUCACAAGGAGGCUGCCGGCCACGAUGAGCAUCAUCACCAUCACCACGACCACGCCAAGAAGGGUGGUCACGAGCAUCAUAAGAAGUAUGGGUACAAGAAAGGCCACUAGAAGCUUGAAUAUCGCGGAUUUAAUUGCAUUCGAGAG